AUGGCUUCUGAUCUACCCAUGCCCGAGCCCACUGUGCCUCGAAAACCGUUAUCAUCCUUUAAAAUCAUUUCAUACGAUAUUUAUGGCACUUUGAUAGAUUGGGAGACUGGCAUCACCUCUUUACUCCAGCCCCUCGUAUCUCGCAUUCCGUUGGACUCUCCGAACAGCAUCUAUCGAGAUAGCACUUCUGGUGAAAAUCGAAUCAGGCUGGCCGGAAAGUUCAACGACAUUGAGCACGAUCUACAGACCCAACAGCCUUCCGCCCAAUACGACUAUAUCCUCGAACAAUCCUAUCUCCGCCUAGCGAAAGAUUUCGGUAUCGAGAUCAAUGAUGACGUGAAGCAGGCAGCAGCGAAUUUUGGAGGUAGUAUUGGUACCUGGCCGGCUUUUCCAGACACCGUUGAGGCCUGUCAGCGGUUGUCAAAGUAUUAUAAGUUGGUCCCCUUGAGCAACGUCGAUCGACACAGUUUUGGCAAUACAUGCGCCGGCCCUUUGAAUGGCGUCGAUUUCUUCCGCGUCUAUGUCGCUCAGGAUAUUGGGAGUUACAAGCCUGAUCUACGCAAUUUUGAAUACCUUUUGAAACAUGUGAAGGAGGAUGCCGGUGUGGAAAAGGACGAGAUUUUACAUGUCGCCCAGAGUAUCUUCCAUGACCAUGUCCCUGCAAAGAAAAUGGGCAUGAGCAGUGUUUGGAUCAAUAGGAAAGGCGCUGGAAUGGGUGGCGGAUCGGCGCUCAAAGCGAUCCAUGAACGAGGAGAAGUAGGAUACGGCUGGAGAUUCAGCACCCUGGGAGAGCUUGCUGAUGAGGUGGAAAGGCAGCGAGCUGAGGAAAAGAUAUAA